AUGCCGACGGUAGCCGUGAAACUCUACAGCGUGUUCUUCAAGUUUCUGUUAAAACACCGUUUACAAAAUCGGAUCCAAACUCCGACUGAAGAAUCCGACUCGUUCGGUAUAACUUCUCGACCCGACGAAUCUUUAGCUUCACCUAAUCCUUCCUUCACCGACGGCGUCGCCACCAAAGAUAUUCAUAUUGAUUCGAAUCUUUCUCUUUCGGUUCGAAUCUUUCUCCCUGAAUCUGCAUUGUUAAAUCCCGAACCUAAUUCCAAACCUAAACGAAAAUUAGAACCUAAGGGACGUGAAACGACGUCGUCGCCGAGGGUUAAUACAAGGAGGAAUAGUUAUGGUCCGAGUGUUGCUCCGGUGAAGGAGGAGGUAAGAAGGAAUAGUGUCGGCGGUGGUGAUGCGGAGGGUUUGAAUUUGAAUUUGAAUUUGACUUCCGGUGGUGGAUAUGGCGGUUACGGUGGUUAUGGUGGUUAUUCGCCGACGAUUGAUGAUCGGAAGAGGAAGUUACCGGUGAUGGUGCAGUUUCAUGGAGGUGGUUGGGUGAGUGGGAGUAAUGAUUCGGUGGCGAAUGAUUAUUUUUGUAGGAGGAUUGCGAAGCUAUGUGAUGCGGUGGUUGUUGCGGUUGGGUAUCGGCUUGCGCCGGAGAGUCGGUAUCCGGCGGCUUUUGAGGAUGGAUUUAAGGUUUUGAGUUGGUUGGGGAAACAGGCGAAUUUGGCGGAGUGUAGUAAGUCGUUGGGGAUUAAGAAAUUGGAUGGUGGUCAUAGGCAUAUUGUUGAUUCUUUUGGGGCUUCUAUGGUUGAACCUUGGUUGGCUGCACAUGGAAAUCUAUCAAGGUGUGUGCUUCUUGGUGUGAGUUGUGGAGCAAAUAUUGCAAACUAUGUAGCUCAAAAAGCUGUAGAAACAGGCAAACUUCUGGACCCUGUCAAAGUGGUGGCGCAGAUCCUGAUGUAUCCGUUCUUUGUCGGAAGUGUGCCUACACAUUCUGAAAUAAAGUUGGCAAACUCUUAUUUUUAUGACAAAGCUAUGUGUAUGCUGGCAUGGAAACUAUUCCUACCCGAGAAAGAAUUUAGCCUAGACCAUCCAGCCGCCAAUCCUCUAGUCCCAGGCCAUGGUCCUCCUUUAAAGCAGAUGCCUCCAACAUUAACAGUAGUGGCGGAACAUGACUGGAUGAGAGAUCGUGCCAUAGCUUACUCAGAGGAGCUUAGGAAGGUGAAUGUUGAUGCGCCUGUUCUUGAAUAUAAAGACGCAGUUCAUGAAUUUGCUACACUAGACGUACUUCUAAGAAGCCCUCAAGCUCAGGUUUGUGCCGAGGACAUUGCCAUCUGGGUCAAGAAAUACAUUUCACUUCGAGGGCAUGAGUUCUCAUAUUGA